AGCCUUGGGACGACCGCCUGGGAGGCAGGGUCCUUCUCUAGGGCGGUCGCGCAGGCAGCGGCUGCAGGAAGCCGGACUCCGGGCAUCAUGUAUUACAAGUUCAGUGGCUUCACGCAGAAGUUGGCGGGCGCAUGGGCUUCGGACGCCUAUUCCCCGCAGGGAUUAAAGCCUGUGAUUUCCACAGAAGCACCGCCUAUCAUAUUUGCUACUCCAACUAAAUUGACGUCCAGUUCUCCCGCAUAUGAUUAUUCUGGGAAGAACAAAGUUCCCGAGCUGCAGAAGUUUUUCCAGAAAUCAGAUGGUGUGCCUGUCCACCUGAAGCGAGGCCUGCCUGACCAAAUGCUGUACCGGACCACCAUGGUGCUGACCUUGGGAGGGACCAUCUACUGCCUCAUCGCCCUCUACAUGGCUUCACAGCCCAAAAACAAAUGAAUUAGGCUUCCCGGGACUGGUUAGCUUUCUGGCAUUAAAUCCUUUGAUUUUUCA